AUGGAGGCUGCGAGGGAGGUGUUAGGGGUCUCAAAGGGUUACUUGAGCGGGCACAUAGGAGACUGGUGGUGGGAUGGAGAUGUUCAAGGAAAAGUGGAAGCAAAGAAAGUGGCAUACUUGAAGUUAGUGGAGAGUACAGACGAGGAGGAGAGAAGAGCGAACAAAGCAGGUUAUAAGAAGUCUACGAAGGAGGUAAAGCUAGCGGUCACUGAUGCCAAGAAUGCAACGUUCAGUCGUUUGUAUGAAGAGUUGGGGGACAAAGGCGGGGACAAGAAGUUAUUUCGGUUGGCCAAGGUUAGAGAGAGAAAGGCUCGUGAUCUGGAUCAAGUGAGGUGCAUCAAAGACGAGGAAGGCAGAGUUUUAAUGGAUGAGGCUAUGAUUAAGAGGAGACGACAUCCUUACUUUCAUAAACUUCUGAAUGAAAAGGGGGACAGAGACAUUGUGUUGGGUAAUUUGGAGCAUUCCAAGAGAUGCCAUGAUUUUAGGUACUGUAGGCAUAUUAAGGUUGAGGAGGUGAUGGGCGCUAUGUGUAAGAUGAACAGGGGCAGAGCAACUGGGCCGGACAAGAUCCUAGUUGAAUUUUGGAGGUAUGUCGGUAGAGAAGGCCUGGAGUGGCUAACCAGGUUGUUCAAUGUUUUCUUUAAGACGAAGAAGAUGCCAGAGGAAUGGAGAUGGUGUAAAAUGAUCCCGUUGUACAAGAAAAAAGGUGAUAUCCAGAAUUGUAACAACUAUAGGGGUAUCAAGCUGCUUAGUCAUACUAUGAAAGUGUUGGAUAGGGUGGUGGAAGCGAAGGUGAGGAGGUCGGUGUCUAUAUUUGAGAACCAAUUCCGAUUCAUGCCGGGUUGUUAA